UUCGACGCGCUUUCUUACACAUGGGGCUCGCCAGCCGAUCCUGAAACUCUUCUGGCAGGAAGUCAUGAAAAGGGCAAACUUCAUAUCAUACGCAAUUUGGCCACUGCCUUACCAUACCUCAAGUCUCCUGAACGAGAACGACUAAUCUGUAUUGAUGCGAUUUGUAUCGAUCAAUCAGAUUACGACGCGAGCGCUUUGCAGGUACAGCUUAUGCCAGAUAUCUACAAAGCAGCCGAGAAUGUUGUGUGCUAG